UCGACAUGGUAACAGUCAACAUGGCUGGUGAUCUGUCUGUCAGUCCACGGCCACGAAUGAACACUAAUAACGCGUAACGUCAGUCUAGACCAAGCAAGAAAGCUGUCAGUUUCAUGUUUUAUGGAUGCUAGAGGCAAAUGUGUGAGCAAAUUACCGAUAUAAUCAUUUACUUACAAAUGCUUUUGAGGUCAUCUUUAUAGUUUCAAAGCUAAAAGCACCAUGGCCAUGGACCGUGUACCCCAGCACCCUGAGCUUUUCCCUUGUGGGGACAGAAUUAAAGUUCCCCAAGUUGGUGCCGAUGCAAGCAACCUCAAGGGGAGGUUCAGCUUGGCCGGCUUACGCCCUACGCCCUACUUUGGUCAGCGACAGAACAUGCUGAGGAGGGAUUACCUACAGAAGAUCAGCUCCGAUCUCUUGUUCAGUGAGGAUGUGGUCAAAACGCAUGCAGCUCACACUUUGCCGUAUGACAGACAUUCGAUUCAAGAUGCGUACGACUACUCUGGCAUUAUCCAGAGGGAGAAGAAGCAAUGUGUGGGACCGGUGGGCAGAUACAACUCCAGGACCACCAAUCAGCACUUGCCCUGCCACAUCAAGAAACGUUCCCAUCACCGACUGGAACCGCUUAGAAAACCCAAGCUCAAGCCCAUCGGGCCAGCCACAAGCGAGGAAGACAAGGAGACAGUGAGGACCGAGUCCGAGUCGAAACUGGGUCCCAAAUCGCUGGUUUUCCUCACUGAAGAUCCCCUUGCCAUUGAAGCCAGUGCCGAAGAGGCCAGUGCCAGGCAGCCCCAGGCCAAGUACUCCCAGAACUGGGACGAGCACCUGCUGAUGAACUUGAGCAAGAAUACGGCCCGCUGGAUCGUGGGGGAGCAGACGGCCGAGGGCCCCCAGAGGGACAAGCUGCACCGCAUGCUGGUGGACAUGUACGGUGAGCCCCCCAGCCACAUGGACACCCUAAUCCACGAUGACGUCAGCGUCAGCGACAUGAGCAUCAGCAGGGAUACGGUGCUGACAGGGUCCAAGGUGACUUCAAAGCAGUCCGGGGGAAUGCAGCAGCAGCAGGCAGGAGACAACUCUGCAGCUGGCAGAAACGAGAGGGGCCCAGCAGAGGAUGACAUCAACUCAAGAUCUCUGGCUGCCUUUUAUCGCCAGCCUGAUGCCCUCCGACGCCAACAGAAACAGAUGGAGAAAGAACUGGCAGGCUCCAUCAACAGCACAGCUAGGGAAAUCAAGGUGACACGGAAAAAAACCAAGCCACCCCCAACUCUGAAAGACGUGAUGAAUCCUGCAGUUGGCGACAAGAUGUAUGACACCCAAAACCAGUUUGAACAGGAGUGGCUUUCUGGAGCCCAGCAGAUCCUCCAGCACGACCCCUCUCACCUCCUGCUGGACACCGGCAACCUAUACCACGUCGCCAGGCAGGAGGACUUCCCCCAAGACCCCACCACCUGGAGCGGGGAAGGUCCCACAGGGGCCAAGCGAGGCCCACAGGAGGAGGCAGUGACACAGAGGGGCCACAGGGGGUACAAAAAAUGGAGCCAGUUGCCCCAGGCAAUUCAGGGCGACGUCUCACUGACCAUCCACGAAGCUGGCUACGACCCCGAGGCACACAGGGAACCAGACCAGUCCGAACUGAGACAGUACAAGCAAAACCAGACCCUACUCACACUGGUUGAUGAAUGGAGAACCAAAUGGCACCUUGGCAACAGGUGGUACGACAGUUCCAUCGAUGACCUUGUCCGUGACAUGUCCGACAUACACGAGCACGUCCGAUUACAGGCCAUAGCAACCAUCGCUAAGGCAGCAACCUACCGGCCACCGGCCGAGCCCGGGGUACCAAUCAAAAGUACGUUUGCCCAGAAGGCACUGGCCGCCAUGAACCAGCGGAAGACCACCGGCGACUCGGAGGGGAUGCUACCAGAUGCCCUCCUGCAGUGCGUGGAGAAAGCCCUGGGCGACAGCAGCGCGAGGGUCCGGGUCACGGCGGCCAUCGCCCUGUACACCCUCAACAAACCCAACGAGGAGCCACAUAAUGUUGAGGCAAGGAAGAUCCUGAACGAGGUCAUGCGAACAGGCAGCGAGCCGGAGCGCUGGGCGGCAUCCCAGUGCCUGGCCCACGCCGGGGUCUGCGACUCGUACGUGGUGGGCGAGCUGAUCCAGCAGCUCCUGGCCAGCCAGGACGUGAUCAAGCACGAGCGCUGCAUGGCCCUGCUGGCCAAGCUCAGCGCCGGCUCCACGGUGGUCCACUCCAUGGUCGGGGAACAGCUGAACAGCGCCAGCUGGCGGCAGCGCAUCAUCGCCUGCCGGGUCCUGCCUCGCCUCAGCGGGAUCAUUAACAAGGACAUUAUGCACAAGCUGAACAACCUGAUGUGGAACGACUGGCACCAGGACGUCCGCCGGGCGGCUGCCCAGACCAUGGGCAGGACGGGUCACGGCAAGGAGGUGCAUGACGAGCUGCGGGACCGGCUGCUGGAGGGCAGCGAGCGAGACCGCAUCGACGCCCUGAACAAGGUCGCUCACUUGGGUAUCAUGACUGCCCGCCUUCUACCCGCCUACCUCCAGUGCUUCAGUGAUGCCUAUAUUGCCGUUAGGAUUGCCGCCACCAACACGGCCAGUCAGCUCUCCCUGGAGGAUCCAAAGGUCACCCAGAAACUGUUGUUCCUGACGCAGUUUGACAAUAACUGGAAGGUCAAGGCACACGCAAUCAAAGCGCUGGGAGACAUCGGCAAGAACAGCGAGCCAAUCCAGGAGGCCAUUCUGUGGGCAGUGCGCUUUGAGGCGGAGCCCGGGGUGCGGGCCGAGGCCCUUCAAUCACUGGUCAAGCUGGGCAUCGGCGGGAAGCACGUGGCCGCCAUGCUGCAAGACAAGCUGCUGGUGGAGCCGGACCAACUCGUCAGAGUACAACUGGCUAUUGCCCUGCAGUCCAUGGGUGUCAGCCCCACGGGGGACAUGGAGAUGGUCCAGCAGAUCAAGGACAAGGUGCGCAGGCUGUGCACACGGUACAACAUCGCGGCCAAGAUCACCCAGAACGAGAUACAGGAGGGCCUGAACGAGCAGAAAGAGCGCUUCUUCAACGAGUCACCAAGAACCCCAGACCUGAAGGUGAAGACCCGUAAGCCUACUCCUCCUCGCUCCUCCAUCUCCACCAAGCAAAGCCAGCGAAGCGUCACCACCCCCAGCAUCCUGGUGGACUCGGACGCCGACGAAAACAAGACCAGCGACGACGAGGACUAUGGCCCCGCCAAGCAGACCCCGGACAUCGCCCUUCCGAAAACGCCCCCCUCGGCGGGCCAGGACAGGGGGUCCCUUCUGAGCCCACUGGCGGCCGCCAGGACACCCGGCAGUGGCACCCCCUCCAGGGGACGGAGCCCCAUCGAGAAGCUCGAGAAGCUGAUCGAGCUGUACGAGGGCUCCUGCUCCGUGAAGGAGUACAAGGAGUACGUCAAGCCGGAAGGGGAAGCCGAGGAGGAAGGGGAGGAACAAGGCCGAGCUAAAGACGCCGCUGUGAAGCUGGAGACCAUCGCCGAGAGCGUAGAGGAAGAGAUCCGCAUGCUGCAGCAGGACUCCACCAAUCCUAGCACCUCCAAGGAGUCAAGUCCCCAAGGACAGGACCAAGAGGCGAUAACAUCUCAGCGACCGCUUCAAGACCAGACCGCGCAAACCGGCAACCCUAGCCCUACAAGCAAACCACCUGGGAGUCCACUCACGACACACUCGCUGGACAUCAACUCAAAUCUGGUCACCUGCGAAGAUGAAGUUCUCGUCACUUUGACUGAAAAAGCGGCAGACAACAAAGAUGACAUAGUCACUGCAAGUCCGGGUAGUAGGUCAUCAGUUGAUACCCCUCUACCUUUAGAAACCAGUGACACAUUACAGAAUCCAGAGAAUAGCAGUCAAACCAACGGGAAAGAGAAUUGAAAAGGGGGGGAGGAGCUUGAAUUGGGGAGUGGCUGAAAAACAUGAAGGAAACAAGAAGAAACAAUCAAACUACACUUUUUAAGAGGAUCUGAUGCCAAGAAAACGAACCAUUGACCGUAAUCAUCAUGAACUGCCCAAUUUCAAUAGAAUUGUUCAUGCCCCACAAGGGUUUGCGGUUAACCAACAACAAAUGUGCCUAUUUCUUUAGAUUGACUAUGAAGUCAUCAACAGCUUCCAAUCCAUGCAUUUACACUACAUAUUUUACACUCCAAUUGUUUCUGCAGUCAGGUCGAGAUCUAACUUAUUUUCUACCUGUCAGUUUUCAAAUAUGUAAAGAAUUAAUACACUGCACAAAGGAAAACAGGCACUGCUGUGACUGUAAAUCAAGAACUUUUAUUACCAGAAACCUAACCUGUGCAAGGAACAAUAAAUCGUUAAAUUGU